AAAAAAAGGGGAACAUGCCAAUAGAUGGGCUAUGAUCUAAGUUUUGAGUCGAAAAUUUGGCCUUUCAUCAAUAAUUUGGGAUAAGGACAGAGCGGAUAUCAAUUUGCAUCAAUUUGGUUAGGAUGAAAAUACCCCUGGUUGUCGUCAAAAAGGAAAAUCCUCGUUACUCUUCAUCCAAUCCAUCGAUAUGGUAUUAAUUCAAACUUGAGAUGGAACAUGGCUGAUUCCAAUCUCUUGAUAUGUAUCAAUCAAUAGGUGAUCCAAAGUCACUAUUUUUUCACUGUAGGUAGAAGAUAACUUACCUGCAACGGUCCUCUCACUAUACCAAGAGGCUCACCAAUGUUACAGCUGCGAACCUAUGAAUAAAGAGAUUCCUCUUCAUCGUGGAUGAUGGAAAACAUGAUUGUAACUUAUAUUCUUAUAAUGGAGUUCUUUUUUGGGAGAAAAAAUGCUGCCAAACUAUAUAGGCACUGUUUGAUAACAUUUCUAUCAUUUCUGUUUCAAGAAAUGAUAGAAACAGAAAUUUUCAUUUCUCAUAAACGAAAUUUUAGGGGUUUGAUAAACCUUUGCUUCUUAAAAUGUUUCUUGUAGAAUUAUUUAUUAUUUAUUUAUUUUUUUCAACACUCGAGAAUUCGAUCGAGAUACUCGCCGCCGUUGGAGGUCGCAGAACCGAUAGCACUUCCCAGAGAAGACAACCAUAUCUCGAACAAAUGCCUUCACCUCAUCAUCCUCGUCAUCCUCAUAGUGUUAUGGAAAUUUCAGAUUAAAAAGCCAUUGGAACUAUCACUAAUAAGAAGAAAACUGAAGUUUCUUGAAAUUCCUUGAAUGGAUUCAACUGGAACUGUAUGAGCCAUGAGGUUCGCCGCCUCUUUGUCAUUCUUCGGCUUUGCUGCUGCAACUAUGUCUUCCCGCGCACCUUUUCGAGGAGGUCGAUGUUUAUGGCGGCGAGGGUUUUUGGAUUGGUCAAAUGAAAACACAGAGUCGUUCAUAAGCGGGGAUUCACAUUUCAGGUCCGUGAGGGACGCGAAUUACGGGUUCCGGCAGCGACAGAGAGGUAGUUUUGGUAGCCGUGGUGGGUUUCCGCCGCAAAAUUCCUGUCACGGCCGCCUUUUCGCCAACCACCGCCUCCUGGUACCCGGAGACCGAAGCCAUUGGAUUACAGAAAUUGGGAGUAAACUUUAGAAAGACCACCCCCCAAACUUGGUCGGAAUUAUGAAAUUCCUGUUGAACGGAGUUUUCACCGACGGAGAUCGAGACGUUCUCUCUGGCCACGCUGUGUUGAAGAAACGCCGCUUUCUGAUGGAGCGAGAGGAGAGAGAGUAUGAUCUUUGCCUUCACUUGUUUGAGUU